AUGGGAUGCGGGAGAGGCAACAUUCCGCAUGGGUAAUAUUUUGCUUUUCAUCAGCUGGUCUCUCACUGGCGGGUAGAGGCUCAUCUACCUCCGCGUCGCGCUCUUGUAUUCUCCUGGGGUUUUAUUCAUAGGUUGCCAAAUAUGGCUGCAGUUGUUACCAGACACAAGCAUUUCGGUCGAGAAUACCUCAGUACCGAGUCUAACUAUGUUGUUCGGGAAUACUCCAGCUCUGCGGCUGAACAGGUGAAAUAUCAGUACCGAACACAGAAGAGAAUCCAAGGAGUGGUGGAGAAGAAGAUGCCUGAGAAACACAUCCGUGAGGAGACCAUGAUCAGGGGCCCCAAGUUUGUGGUUAGACUGAGGUCCCACACAGUGUAUGAAAACAGUGCUAUUAAACUUUUCUGCACUGUGGAGGGAUAUCCCACCCCACAAGUCAAAUGGUUCAAGGAUGAUGUCAUCUUGGACAUUUCUUCUGGAAAGUACUUUGUGGAGAGCAAUGCAGGAUUACAUGCACUCACCAUCCUCCGGUGUUCAACUGAUGACACUGCAAUGUACACAGCUGUAGCCUCAAACACACAUGGACAGGUUUCUUCCCAGGCCUCCGUCAUUGUGAAGAGAUGCAAAGAGGAAAAAGAGUCCACUCCUUAUUCCUGGAUGCCUUACCAGUAUGCCAUUUUACCCGAAAUCAAGUAUACAAAGAUUAACAUCACCUACACUGAGACGUUUGACGUGACCUUUGGAAAAGAAGGCGAUAAGGUCACGUUGACCUGCAAGAUGAUCAUUAACCCCAACCUGGCUAACCUUCAGCCUGAGGCGCUGUGGUACAGAGACGAGUAUCUCCUGAAAGAGUCCAGGUGGGUGAAAAUGGAGUCUGGAGGAGGUGUUGCCAAGCUCACGCUCACUCAACUUGCUAAGGAUGAUGAGGGUCUUUACACCCUCCGCAUGGUGACCAAGGGAGGCGAUGCGGUCCACAGGGCUUACGUCUUCGUUGAUGAUGGUCCACCUCCACUUCCUCAAGUUCCCGGAGCCCCAAUGGACAUUAAGAUCCAUGAUGCAAAUAGAGAUUAUGUCAUUGUGUCUUGGAAACCUCCUAACACCACCACUGAAGGCCCCAUCACUGGAUACUUUGUUGACAGGUGUGAAGUUGGGACAGAGAACUGGGUGCAGUGUAACGACUCCCCUGCAAAGAACUGCAAAUAUCCCGUGCAGGGUCUGUUUGAGGGACACUCUUAUUACUUUCGCGUACGUGCCGUCAACUCUCGCGGCAGUAGCAGACCCUCCAGGAUGUCUGAGCCCAUUGCUGCUCUGGACCCUACAGAGUUUGAGAGACUUCAUGCCACAAAACUUGGUGGAAGACUCGACGUCGUGACUUACUAUGAUGACCUUGAAGCCGAGGGAAAAGCUCCAGGACCUCCCUCUAAAAUCUGUGCUUCAGAGACGGACCGAACAUAUGUUGUGCUCAGUUGGGUCCCUCCAGUCUACCAUAGCAAAGCCCCCAUGUGGUAUUACAUUGAGAAGCUUCAAGUUGGAGCUGGAUCCUGGCAGAGAGUGAACACUAAAGUACCCAUCAGAUCUCCUCGCUAUGCCGUCUUCGACCUGCUCGAGGGAAAGAACUAUCAGUUCCGUGUGCUAUCCGCUAACAUGUACGGCAUCAGCGAGCCUUCUGAGCCCACCAAUACUAUAACAACCCUGCAACUGAAGGGUGUGCCCUCAGCCCCUGGACAAGUCGUUGCAACAAGAGAGACAGACACUUCUGUUCUAAUUCAGUGGGCACCUCCAAAGGAUCCCAAUAACCUGAUUGGAUAUUACAUUGAUUCUUGUGUGAAAGGAUCUAAGGACUGGACCUCUGCCAAUCACAAGCCCCAUAAGCAGACCAGGUUUGUUGUGCAUGGACUGACCACCGGUGAGACGUAUGUCUUCCGUGUUCAAGCCAUCAAUGAGCUGGGCCUCAGCGAUGAAUCCCAGGAAUCGGCCCCUCUUUCUGUGAAAGCUGCUCUUAAGCUGCCCUCUUCCCCUUAUGAUGUCUCUCUUCUCUACUGUGAUGGGGAAUCCAUGGUGCUCAACUGGAAGAAGCCCAUCCAUUCUGGAGGAGCAGAGGUCACUGAUUAUUACAUCGACAAAUGCAAUGUGGCCAAGAAGACAUGGAAGGAGGUCAACAUCCCACCCAUUAAGGAAAGACUGCACAAGAUUGGAGGUCUGACAGCUGGGUCAGUGUACCAGUUUAGGGUCUAUGGAGCUAAUUUGAUUGGACUGGGUGAUGCUUCGACCCCUAGUGCUCCCUUUAAAUGUGAGGCUUGGACCAUGCCUGAGCCAGGUCCAGCCUAUGAUGUGACCUUCACUGAAGUAAGGGAUGAUUCAGUGGUGGUGGAGUGGAAGGCUCCGGUCUACAGCGGCACCUGUGCCAUCACUGGAUACUUUGUUGAGAAAUCCAAGAAAGGCUCUAAUACCUGGAGCAAAGUCAACGAAAGUUCAGUCAACCACUGCUAUCUUAAGGUCAAGGGUCUAGAGACAGGCGAGUUUUAUUUGUUCCGUGUGCAGGCAGAGAAUGCCCAGGGCAUUGGUGUGGCUUCAACCCCAUCUGACCCUGCGUGCAUCAAGGCAUUGCCAGGCGCCCAGGAAAUCAAAUGCGGCGUGGAUGAGGAAUCAGGUGACAUUUAUCUCUCUUUUGAGAGCUGCCAAAUGACGGAGAAAUCAAAGUAUGUGUGGAAGAAGUCCUACCAAGAAAUCACUGACUUCUCUAAGGGAAUCGUGGUUAAGACAUCAGGCAGCCACUCAACUUUGCUUUUUAAGAACCCAGACAAAGAGGAUUUGGGCACAUACUCUGUGUCUGUUACAAAUACUGAUGGAGCCUCCGCCAGCUACAAGAUCUCAGCAGAAGAGCUGGAGAAGAUGUUGGCCCUCAGCUAUGACAUACGCAACCCGAUUAUUCCUCUGAAGACUGAACUGGCCUAUAAGAUUCUAGAGAGAGGCCGGAUGCGCUUUUGGCUGCAAGCUGAGGGCAUCUCCUCUGCUGUGACCUACAAAUUCUUUGCCAAUAACAAGGAGCUUGUCAACUGUGAGCAAACUAAAAUGAGUCACGAUGCAGCUACGGGCAUUAUCGAGAUGGUGAUGGAUCAUUUUACUGACGACAGCGAGGGCACUUUCACCGUGCAGAUCCAAGAAGGCAGAGCCAAGGCCCAGUCCUCUCUGGUGCUGAUCGGAGACGCCUUCAAGGCAGCGCUGGCUGAGGCGGAAUACCAAAGGAGGGAAUACAUUCGUGUGAAAGAGGGCCCUCAUUUUACGGAGUUCCUCUCCAUUCAAACUGGGGAUAAUGCCUCUGUGACUCUUGUUUGCAAGGUGGCUAAUCUGAAGAAAGAAUCUGUGUUCCAGUGGUAUAAGGACGAUGUAGAGGUGAUUCCUGAGGUGCCCGCCGAUUUGAGCUCAGGAGUCUGCAAGUUCCCCCUAACUAAUUUCUCCAAGAAGGAUGUGGGACUAUAUAAAGCAACCAUCACUGAUGACAGAGGCCAAGAUGUGUCACAGCUUGAUGUUUCUGGCAAAGCUUUUGAUGACAUCAUUAAUGAGCUGAGUCGCAUCGCUGGAUCCAGCGCCUCUGAGUUGUCGAUUCAGUGCACUGCGGAGGGCAUUAUGCUUCAGUGCCAUAUGAAAUAUUACACCGAGGAGAUGAAGAUCCAUUGGAAGCAAAAGGAUUCUAAAAUCAGUGCAUCAGAAAGGAUGAGAAUUGGUGGCAACCCAGCAAUGGCAACUUUGGAGAUCGUCGAACCUACUGAUAAGGAUAAAGGAAUGUACACUUUUGAGAUUGUGGAUCCCGAGAAGACGCAUUCUCGUAUCAUGGACCUCUCUGGAGAACUCUACAACAACGCCUACGCAGAAUUCCAGAGACUCAAAGCAGAAGCAUAUGCUGAAAAGAACCGUGGCAAAGUGAUUGGUGGUCUACCUGAUGUUGUAACUAUCAUGGAAAAUAAGACUCUGAGUCUGACCUGCACAGUCUGCGGUGACCCCAAACCUCUGGUCAGCUGGUCUAAGAACGAGCAGGAAUUAGAACUUAGUGAUCAGUACGUCGCUGCCUUGGACUCGGGCAAGUUCGCCAGCCUCACCAUCAAAGGCGUGUCCCUGGAGGAUUCCGGCAAGUACACCAUGACGGUCCUGAACAAGUACGGCGGCGAGUCGGUGGACAUCAUCGUCAGCGUGUACAAACACGGCGACAAGAUUCCAGACAUCAAACCCACAUCCUCACCCAAGAGGAUCAUGCCGCCCACAGUUCCCAUCGUGAUUCCCACUGCCCCUGCUGCGGCCAAGUCUCCCGCUCCUCCCCAAAAUGCCAAAUCCUCUGUACCACCCCGUGGCAUGAAGUCCCCCACUCCCACCAGGAAGAAGUAACAGUAACUUCUUAUUCACCCGUACAGCACAAAUUAGAUUAACAUUUCUGGUAGGAAAUAUCAGUGUUUGCAAGGCAGCAAAGGAGGUUUAGGUUUAGUUUUGGAUUUUGAUUUGCUGUAAACAUAAUGCCAUUUUGCCACCAUUGUGACACAGCACAUCUUGUUUUCCCCCGCCUGUAAACAGGAAUCUCCAUAGUUCAUUAAAUGGCUAUAAAAGGGUAAAGAUUAUUUUUCUGAUGAGUUGUGUUGAAUCACAUACUGUUUAGUAUGUCUGUGCAUACUACAUUUAUUUGAAACGUCACAACCAUUAAACAUAUGUUCUUUGUAGCUUGUCAUCUGAUCUACCAGCAUUACUAUAAUUGCUUCACUUCCAUUCACAACUUAUCUUCUUUGGCUUCAUGGGAGAUUCUAGAUCAGGGAUCCUCAAAGAUCCACUUUCCUGCAGAGUUUAGCUCCAACUCUAAUCAAACACACCUGUGCAUGCUAAUCAAUACCAAUCAAUGUCUUUGGGAUCAUUAGAAAAUCACAGGCAGGUGACUUUGAUCAGGGUUGAAGCUAAAACUCUGCAGUGCAUUGGACCUCAAAGGCAAGAUUUGAGGAAGGGGGUUCUAGAUUCUUGGUAGAUAAAGUAGGUAAUCUGAGUCCUUUUUCCAAAUACUGUGAAUUUGGCAUACUACUCUUUUGCUGUACUGGUUUUAGCAUACUAUGGAAGUAGUAGUAUUCCACUAACAUGGAAGUAGGCAUAUAUUUAAAUUCAUUGUUGUUUAAGCAUUCAGACCAGCUCGACACAUCUUUUGCACAACCAAUGUUCUGAGUUUAACGUUAAGUGAGCAUUAGAAGAUGGCACAUUUAAUCUAAAGAUAGUAAGAGUAAGAGGUAAUUGUGCACAAAUUCAUUCAAACUCUAACCAGAAUAAAUGAGGAAAAUCAAUAUUAUGCUGUCUUGCAAACACUGUGAUUGAACUGUAGUGCGUAAAUCAGUGAAUAAAGAAACUAGAAUUGUAGGUAGUAUUUUUCACCCAAAAUGCAUCAUCGUAUCAUAAAAUGAGCAACCAUGAAGUAUGAAGAGAGAGUAGGAAGUAUGUGUGAGGGAGGGUGGGGCAAGUUAUAUUUAGUGCCGCGAAAAGAAAAAAAAAUGUGUGAAACAGUUUGUCAUCUGGGCUUCCUAAGCUGAGCGGGCCUCUAAUGAAUUUGGCUCCCUCUCCCCUGAGGUGCUUGGAGGGAAAGCUUUGAUGUUAGUUUAUUAAAUCUCUGUUUAAAAGCUGCUCUUUCAGUUUGCCACUGGAAUCCAGAGGCAUUUGCUUUCUCCAGUGGAUGGAUGUCCUGAGAGUGCAGGACCUCCACUUAGCUCCCAGCUGCAGCCACGAGACCAUCAGUACCUCUCUCAACCUCGUCUCACUUCCUCACAAUUUUCUCCUGGCUUUGUGUUAAUAAAAGAGUUGGAAGUCA